UUAGCUACAAUUUUUUUCUUGUAAUAAUUUAUACAGCCAACGAUUUUCCAUUUCGGCAUGUAAAAACCUCUAGUGAAAAUCGGCCCUUAGGAAAGAUAGAUACGUCAAGAAUUAUAAAUAUAAGACAAAACCACUUUGAGCAAGUUAAACCAAAAAACUUUAUGUAAAUAAACUUUUAUGAAAGCUUUUUUUAAAAAAUUGUGUUUAAUACAGCUUGGUUUCAAAAGAUGGCGAUGAAAAAGGUAGAAAUUCAGACAGAAGGAUUAAAAGACGAAAUUCUUUCCCUUUUUUUGAAAAACGACAAGAAAGUUAUACUCUUCAGUGAGACAGAAGAAUUCGAAUUAAAGUUAAGUAUGUCGGUAGCCAUGCAUUUUUCUCCUAUAAUAAAACAAACUUUACAAGCGUUUUCAAAUCAUGUUGAUGUGGAAAAUGCUUCUCAAUCACCAAAACAUCGCAUUAACGUCAGCGAGUUUGAUGAAGAAACCGUCGGACGUUUUGUUCAAUAUUUGCAUGGACAAAGUUUGAUGGAUGCUUCGUUAUCAUGGAGCGAUGCCGUUAACUUGUAUAAGAUAGGCCUGAAAUUUCAAGUAAAAUCUUUGACAGAUUUGAUGACUGAGAAGGGGAAAAAUCUCAUUUUAAAGGAUAACAUAUAUGAAGCCAUCAUAUUGAUCGAUUCGCAUGAUAUCAACGAAUGGUUGGAUGGUUGUUGUAGUGUUCUUCUGGCAAAUAAAGAUUUAAUGAAAACGAAAGAAUGGGAAGACUUGAUCGAAACAAAUCCAAAAACCAUGGCAAGAUUGCUAAAUUACUACAUCAUAAAAAAAGAAGAAGAAGAAGAAGAAAUACUUUGUGAUCUUGACUCCUCCAACCUUCCUCUUAAAUGUACCUUCGAAAAUGGAAUGUGUCCAGGUUACACACAUGAUAACAACAGAAAAUUUAAGUGGAAAAUCUGGAGUGGGGCUACUCCAUCCAUGUUGACAGGACCAACUACAGAUCACACGCUUGGAACAAAUAAGGGCAAAUAUAUUUACAUCGACAGUUCAGAUCGACUAAAUAAAGAAUUUGCUAGAUUUCAAACCCCUACCAUCAAAAGCGAACAAGACUCAAAAAUGUGCGUCACUUUCUAUUUUCAUAUGCGUGGUCACACGAUGGGUGAAUUAGCCGUGUUCACACGGAAAAAUGGCGCUGAAAAGUUAAACUUUCAAAUAACAAAGAAACAAGCUAAAGACAAAUGGUUUAGCGGACGAUUUCCAAUUCAACCAGGAUCAAAUACAUUUCAGAUUGUCUUCCAAGGUACAACAUCGUACAGUUGGUACGGCGACAUCGCGUUAGAUGACAUUGAAAUAUCUGAAAAAUCAUCGUGCAGUUUUUGGCCGCCAGAAGCAGUUCCACAAAGUGUUUUGAUACCAAAACCGCCACGCUUCGGACCAGAAAAUCAAUCAACUUGUGGAAAACGCAAAUACAAUCCAAAUUCCAGAAUAGUAGGUGGCGAUGUAGCCAAACCGGGUCAGUGGCCGUGGAUGGCCUUGAUACUAAAAAAAGAAUACUAUGGAACAAAAUACAACGCUUGGUGCGGUGGAACACUUUUAGGAGUUGAUUGGGUGAUCACUGCGGCUCAUUGCGUCGCCAACAUACCACAAAAAACAGAUAUUAAAAUCAGAUUGGGUAAAAUCAAAAGCUCACCCGGAGUUGCUGUUAGUAAUGAUUCUGAUGUUGAAAAAGUUUGGGUGCAUCCGGAUUAUGGAGUCCAGAAAGUUUACAAUAAUGAUGUAGCAUUGAUCAAACUACGUAAACCAGCUCGUUUGAAUGAUCAAGUCAAUUCCAUAUGUUUAAUGGGAAAUGAAAACGAGCCUAAGCCUGGAUAUAAGUGCGUAAUUUCAGGCUGGGGAAAGCUAUGGUCUGGUGACACUGCACCUUACGCUGACCGCUUAAACUAUGGAAAUGUAAGCAUGCGAAGUCGUUACCACUGCUAUAGAGCGUAUGGUAGUCUGAUCACAGACAAUAUGUUGUGUGCAGGUAAUGAUGUCGGUGUACCAGAUACAUGCCAAGGUGAUAGCGGAGGUCCACUCAUCUUUGAAAGUAAUGGAAAAUGGCAUCUAGUCGGUAUCACAAGUUGGGGUCACAGUGGUGGGUGUGGUCAAUUCAAAAGGUUUGGUGUUUACACAAGAAUGACAGCGGUGGAGGAUUGGAUCAAAACUGUCACAAAAUAUCCAAACGCUUAUCCGUCGUUGUUUUACGACUGAAAAAUUGGUACAAUUUGAAGUUAUGAAAAAAAAAGGAUGUUAGAUUUAAUUAAGAUGCUCAGGGCUUAUCAGUUCGCAUAAUAUCUAUUUUUAUAUUUAUAUUUUUAUAUUUAUAUCAAUAUUUAUUAUAUUUUGCAUAGAAAUAGUGACACUUGCUUACCUUAA